CCGCGCACUGGGAGGUGUAUACAGAUAUGGCCGCGGCUUCUAGUAUUGAUAUUGACGCUACGCAGCACCUGAGGGAUAUCCUGAAGCUGGACCGUCCUGGAGAUUCUGCAUCUGAACCCAAGAGAAAAUCCAAUUCCUUCAAUGGAGAUUUAAAUGGUCUUCUAGUACCAGAUCCUGUUACUACAGAUGCCUCCUUGCCUGACUCUGGCAUUCGAAAUGUUCCUAUGGUGACUGCAUCAGACAGACAGGUCAUCUGCCUGUCUGGUGAUGACAGCUCAUCUUGCAUUGAAAUCACAGGCACUGACGUGGAAAUAGUGGCCAGCAAUGACUCCAACAUAUGCAGUAAAGCCAGAGGGAGCAACAAGGUCAAAAUACAACCAGUGGCCAAAUAUGACUGGGAGCAGAAGUAUUACUACGGCAAUCUCAUAGCUGUAUCUAAUGCCUACCUGGCAUAUGCUAUCAGAGGUGCCAAUGGCUCAGCAAUGGUCCGGGUUUUAAGUGUAACCACAGCAGAACGUAUCCUCCUGAAGGGAAUCACCGGAAGUGUUACGGACUUGGCAUUUGCUCAUCUGAAUUCUAACCAGCUGGCUUGUCUGGACGAGGCUGGCAACCUUUUUGUGUGGCGUUUGACCAUGGAGAAAGAGAAAAUUCUAGAGGAGAUAGUAGUGCACAUUAAGAGACCAGACAGCACUCCUCUGAACAGCUUCCGUAGGAUCAUCUGGUGUCCGUAUAUCCCUGAAGAGAAUGAAGAGCCUUCCCCGGAAGAUGCGAGCCAGACUCUGGCACUAUUACAUGAGGAUAGGGCUGAAGUUUGGGAUCUUGAGAUUGUGAGAGCAAACCAUAGUUCAUGGCCAGCAGAAGUGAAUGAUGUCAAGGAUGGCUUUAUAGUCGUGAAGGGACACACUGGACGUGUCAGUGAGGGAGCUCUUUCUCCUGAUGGAACAGUCCUGGCCACUGCUAGCCAUGAUGGCUACGUAAAGUUUUGGCAGAUUUAUAUUGAAGGACAAGAUCAGCCAAGUGUUAACAAGGCCGAAUGUCCUAGGUGCCUGCACGAGUGGAAACCACACAACGGACGUCCUCUCUCCUGUUUGCUGUUCUGUGACAAUCACAAGAAGCAGGACCCAGAUGUUCCUUUCUGGAGGUUCCUAAUUACAGGAGCAGAUCAGAACAAAGAGCUGAAAAUGUGGUGCACAGUGUCCUGGACGUGCUUGCAGACAAUCAGAUUUUCUCCUGACCCCUUUAGUUCCAGUGUGCUGCCUGGGUUAAAGGCCUCUCUGGAUCUGUCUGCGGAAUUUUUAAUACUCACUGAUGUACAGAGAAAGGUUUUGUAUGUAAUGGAACUAAUACAAAAUCAGGAUGAAGGGAAAGCAUCUUUCACUUCCAUCUCAGAGUUUCUUCUCACCCACCCUGUCCUUAGUUUUGGUAUUCAAGAUGUUAGUCGUUGUCGUCUUCGGCAUACAGAAGUUCUUCCUGCAGAGGAAGAGAGUGAUGGUAUCAACCAAGAAGAAUCUCAGGAGACUGAAGCAGUGGAGUCAGCUGCUGGUGUGCUUAUAAAACUCUUCUGUGUACACACAAAGGCACUACAAGAUGUGCAGAUCUGGUUCCAACCUCAUCAGAUUCCUGAAUCUGCUGCACUUAUCACUCCUCGCAGGCCUCAUGAAGAUUUUGGCAUUCCGGAUCACCUUGCAGAUCUUGGAGGAGAACGAUUACCUUCAGCACAUGGUUCUUUGCAUGGAUCCCAGCCUGACCUCAGACGGCUCACUACAGACUUCAUUCUACUCCCAGCAGAUCCCAAGCCUAAACUUAUGACACCUGAUGCUUUCAUGACCCCCAGCUCUUCACUACCACAGAUUACCUCUCCUGGGAGCAGCAUCAGCUCCCUCACAGCCGUUACUCCUAUAAGCAGUGCUGCUGCCAAUGAUACAAUUAUUUCCAGGCCCCCUGAUGACAUGACUCUAAGUCCCAUGUUGCAGCUAGAGAACAGCUUAACGCUCACAAGCUCCUCAAGCAGUGGUGGCCUCCAAUCCAGUUCCCGAAAUCAUUCCAUCCUUAUCCAAGGGCUGUCUGAGAAGCUCAUUUCCAAACCAGUCGUCCAGGUUAAUCAGCCCAUCCUUCCACUUGAACUUCAAGCAUUGGAGCCCCUAGUAGUACCACAGGCUUCGCCUACUCGUGAACGAUCCCCUGAUGUUAUUUCCAGUGCUUCUACGGCAAUGUCCCAGGACAUCCCAGAGAUUGCAUCAGAGACACUUCAGCGUAGUUAUACUACUCCAGUAAAUUCAAUUAUUGCUCCUGAGGUAGCAGACACAUCUCACCAUGCAGAUAGUAUGAACUCUGCUGCCUCUGCAUUGCACCUGUUAUCUCUGCGCAACCGUCCAAAUUCAGAGCAUGGACUUAGGUCAUUGGACAUUGGAUCUCCUGACACGGAAUCUGAUCGUAUCAGUGCACCUUCUUUACUAGAGAAUGCACUGCCACAGGAUAAUGUGGAUGGAACUGUGCAUCAACCGUGGCCUGCAGCUCCAGAUAUAACAAGGGAAACCAGGAACAGUUUGUUGGACAGUUCACGAGAUGAUAGUCAGGACAGGGGAAGCACAUUCCACAGGCACAGCUAUCACCUCUUGCAGCAGCAUGAUAGCCAAGAUGCCAGCGCUGAGCAGAGUGAUCAUGAUGAUGAAGUUGCUAGCUUGGCCUCGUCCUCGGGCAACUUUGGUGGAAAGGGACAAAGUCAACGUAUUCCGGUAAAGGACUGGAAAAGCAAAGUGUCACCGCGUUCAUCCCCAAAACUGCGCAGGAAAUCCAAGAAGGAUGAGAUGUGUUUGCUGUCGCUUUUAACUCACUUGUACCGUAUAGCUAAAUGCCUGGAGCCAGUGACUGGUCAGUUGAGUAGUACUAUAGCUACAAAACUUACUGCUGUAGAGGGUUCAUUGAAAGAGAACGUCUCCAAGAUGAUUAAAUCAAAGAAUAUGACUGAUGCCAUUGGACGAGCAGCUGCUGAUGUUCUACAAGUGCCUAUCCAAUCUGCAUACAGAGAAGCCUUCCAAAGCAUUGUCCUCCCAGCAUUUGAGAAGGGUUGUCAAUCCAUGUUUCAGCAAAUAAACUGCAGUUUCAAGCAAGGCACCCAGGAAUAUAUGCAGCAGCUUGAAACACAUUUGAAAACCAGAAAGGCCCAUGAGCAGGAGGCACGGGACCCUCUGGUCACCCAGCUCCAGCAGUUAAUAGAGUCUCUCCAAAGCACUACAGAGCAACUGUCCACUAGUAUCAAUGGCAAUGUGCGUUCUGAGGUCCAGCACCAGCUGCACGCAGCAGUGGGCAACAUGCAAGACUCCAUUCUGACGCAAGUGCAGAGGAUAAUUAAAGAAGAAGUAAGCACCGCUAUGAAAGAACAGCAGGCUGCGGUCACAUCUAGCAUUAUGCAGGCCAUGCGGUCAGCAGCUGGAACUCCUAUACCUUCCUCUCACAUGGACUUCCAGUCCCAGCAAGCACACAUUUUGCAGCUGAUGCAGCAGGGCCACCUCAACGAGGCAUUUCAGCAGGCCCUGACUGCCUCUGACCUCAACUUGAUUCUGUACGUGUGUGAAACGGUGGAUCCCCAGCAAGUGUUUGGACAGCAUCCCUGCCCUCUGACCCAGCCAGUCCUACUUUCUUUAAUACAACAACUGUCAUUUGACCUGGGAUCUCGUACACAACUAAAGCUCAAUUACUUGGAGGACGCAGUGAUGCAUUUAGACCAUAGUGACCCUGUAACCCGAGAUCACAUGGGCACCGUCAUGAACCAAGUACGGCAGAAGUUGUUCCAGUUCCUACAAGCAGAGCCUCACAACCCCCUGCACAGACCUGCACGGCGUCUUAUGAUGAUGCUCCAAGGAUUGGUCCCAUCCAACAUGAGCUAAAUAUCCAAAUGUUGCAAAACGGAUCCAGAGUACCAUUUUAUUUCUUUAGUUCAUAACAAAAGCACAUCUCAUCCUUAGUAGACUGUGCUGAUUGGAUCCUGGGAUUCUGUUUGCUCUGUGCUGCUGUGCCUGUAAUGUAUAUUUAAAGCCAAGUUUGUGGCCGGGGAAUUAAAGGAGUUUUUCUUUUUUCUUUUAUUAUUGUCUCCUUAAACAGAGGCACUUCUUUUGUUUACUUUGAUACUGUGCUCAAUCUGUUUGUAAGCAUUUUUGUUAAUCACCUGCACAGGUUUCAGCUUCUUUAAAGAACCCAACUUUGUGUGCCUAUGUUACUCAGUAUCCAGCAAGCAGAAUGUCUUUGGCUGUAGCCGAUGUGGAUUCAAAUUUGCGUCGUUCUAAAUCCUUUUAUUGCCGGAGAAACUUUUGUUUUUGCAGGCAAGGGUUAUCUUGCACAGAUUUAAAUAAAAAAAAGAAAGAAACUCAUUUCUGAAAAAUGUACUUUUGUAUAUCAUUAUCCGUUGCAUUUUAUUUUAUUCAUGUACCCCAGAAAUAAAAUAGUUUUGUUCUUAAUAGGAUUCCUAACCUAAAUUCACUUUAGUCACUUUAUUGCAUAUCAUCUUUGCUUACAUGUAUUUUUGUUUGUUGUCGAGAAUGACCUUGUCAAUCUGCAAAAUUGUUAUAGAUCUGAGGACAAAACUCCUUAAAUUAAGUCAUCACAAUUUCUAUAUAGUUUAUCUUUAAGACCACCAAUAAACAGGAACUUUGUUUUAUGCCAGAUGUUGAUCUUUUAAAUCCCUUUAAAAAUUAGCUCCUAACAUUCAGGUGUGCAUAAUAGUUAUAUGCUUCUGCUUAGUUUUAUAGCACUAUAGCAAAUAAUUGGCACCUUAGUUGCAGAACAUAUUUGAUUAAACCUGGUUUGUUGGAUAAGAAUAACUAACUACACUUUAAAGGGACAGGGAGUUAUAAUUAAAUCUCAAUUAAUUAAUUUGGGCACAAAACAUAUAAUUGCCCUUUAAUUACUAAUCUAAAUCACAGGAUUGUAUGUUUAAUUUGCCUUAAAAAUAACUAAUAUACUGGCCCCACCUAAUACACCCAUGGUUGCAGCUGCUUUUUUUAUUAUUAUUAAUAAUAUCAGGUUAAGCGGUUUCACCAACCAGAAACCAACCGCUUGUACCAGCUGAUUUAGCACAGGGUGCUCAUGGUUCUGUUGUUUUGAUAUACUCUGACGUUUUUGAUAAACCUGCUGUGUACUGUAUAGAGUGCUGUAGGAUACCAUUUGCCUUAUGUGUGGCUAAACUACCCACUGCUACUUAUAAUAAAAAAAACUUUGGCUACAGAGACACAAGUGACAGCGAAAGAGAGAAUUUAAAGGUAAAUUAAACAUACAAUAUUGAGAUUAAGGUUAGUAUUUAAAAGGAAUUCUUAAUUUUGUGCCCACAUGAAUCCAUUGAGGUAAGGUUAAUUUUAAACUUUACUGUCCCUUAUAAGCAGCGUAUUAAUUAAUUCUAAAAUUUUGGCACCUGCCAGCAUUUAUUUAGUAUCCCACCUUGUACUUGAAACUUGCAAAAAUCAUACAAGAUAGUUUUUUUGUUUUUGCCUAGUCUGAAUGAUUUGUUUUAAAACAUCUGUAGUUUGUACUUUUCUUGCAAAGGUAUAUACAACCUAUAUGGAGAGUCAUUUUCAACAAUUAGCACAUUCUUUUUAUAAUACAUUCAUUCCAAUUACAAUUUACAAAGAAAGAUUAGAACUGAAGGUAACAAUGAGUAUUUAUAGGUUCAGAGAACUAAAUACUGCUGAGUGAAAAAUAUUCACCAAUCUGGUCUUAAACUUUGUUUUUAUGUUGAAAUCUUUGUAAAAAUGUUGAAUGAAAACUUGUGUACUGUUCUCAGGCUCUCUGCCUUCUAAAAAUCUGCUCUACUCGGGCAAUAAAACAUAUAUUUCUUUGUUUUGAA